CUCUCUCUCUCUCUCUCUCUCCCUCACACACACACAUACACACACACACGCACAGCUUCUUUAGCAUCGUCAGACUCAUGACUUGUAAAUCAACCCGUUUCAUGCUCCUCAGUUCUUCUGAGCCACUUGGAGGGAGGAUUUGUGGAACAGCUCCAGCAAGAGGUUUGAAAAUGGCUUACUGAUAAGCUGAAGAUUAUCUGAAGUAAAACGUCAGCAAGGAGGAAUAAGAAUGGACACAUCAACAUACCAGGGGGAGAUGGUUCCAGAUAACUCCACCUGGACCCUCUCCUACUAUCACCAUAACAACACCGUGACUCCUCCGUUUCUACAGGACAUGAAAACCACCCCAAAACCUGCAGCCUGUGAGCAGCUCCACAUAGCAGUGGAGGUUUUUCUGAUCCUGGGUAUCAUCUCAUUACUAGAAAACAUCAUGGUCAUUACGGCGAUAGUAAAGAACAAGAACCUGCACUCACCCAUGUACUUCUUUGUCUGCAGCCUGGCUGUGGCAGACAUGCUGGUUAGUGUGUCAAACGCAUGGGAGUCCAUCAUCAUUUACCUCCUUAAUAACAGGCAGCUGGUGGUUGAGGAGCACUUCAUCAGGCAGAUGGACAACGUUUUUGACUCUAUGAUCUGCAUAUCUGUUGUCGCUUCCAUGUGUAGCUUGCUGGCCAUUGCUGUAGACAGGUAUGUCACCAUUUUCUAUGCAUUGCGGUACCACAAUAUCAUGACAGUAAAGAGAGCAGGCUGCAUCAUUGGAGGAAUCUGGACCUUCUGCAUCGGCUGUGGAAUCGUCUUCAUCAUCUACUCUGAGACCACCCCUGUCAUCAUCUGCCUGGUGUCCAUGUUCUUUGCCAUGCUGCUAAUAAUGGCCUCACUCUACAGUCACAUGUUCAUGCUGGCCCGCUCCCAUGUCAAGAGGAUAGCCGCACUGCCAGGCUACAACUCCAUCCACCAGCGAGCCAGCAUGAAGGGUGCCAUCACGCUCACCAUCCUCCUUGGCAUCUUUAUUGUUUGCUGGGCUCCCUUCUUCCUUCACCUGAUCCUGAUGAAAUCCUGCCCUCGCAAUCUUUACUGUGUGUGCUUUAUGUCCCACUUCAACAUGUACCUUAUCCUCAUUAUGUGCAAUGCUGUGAUUGACCCACUGAUCUACGCCUUCAGGAGUCAGGAGAUGAGGAAGACUUUUAAGGAGAUAAUCUGUUGUUACAGCUUAAGAAAUACCUGCAGCAACCUCUGUGCCCUGGCUGGUAAGUUCUGAGUAAUGGAAAGGGUCGAGUCAAAGCAGGUUGGAUGGAAAAAAUGGCCUGAAGCUGCCAAUGGAAAAACAAGAUCAGAUGUUCAUUGUACAGUUAAAAAAGACUUUUUUUUCUUAGGUAUUACUGCUGAAACAACUCUCAGUUAGGAUUCUGUUUUCCAUUGACUGUUAAAAUUGAUCAGACAAAAUAGAGACAGGAACGGUAAAGUGCUUGCAACACGUUAAUGCACUGUGUCUAAAACACACACAAAGAGGCCUAUUUAUUUGGUGCAUUAUCUCAACACUAGAGUAGUCUCAUCUGGAAUCACGAGUCAUUUGAAAAUGCGUCACAGAAACUACCCUUCUUUUCACUCUCCCUGACAUUUCCUCCUCAUUUUUUUUUCUCCGUUAUCUUUCACUAAUCAAUGGGAUUAUUAUCCUUUCCUGUAAGACUAUGACUGGCAAAGCGGUCAGUACCACAAAAUGCUAACUAUUGUUCAUCAUUUUUCAAAUUUACAGUGGACUAUUUAGCUUUCCUCUUUGGACAAAAUAGAUUUCCUUUUUUUAUUUGUAAACUUUAAAUAUUAAUUUCUUCUAAAUUCUGGAAAAAAAAUCUUUGAUCUAUUUUCCUAGGCUUGCUUUGUUUAUCAUUGCUCUUGAAAAUUAUACUUUCUGUGAUAAAAGGGGCUAUUCGUAUUUAAACAGUUGUCACCCCUAGGCUAAAACACGGAAGCAAUGUAGUGUCUUGUUUAGGACCUCUGGAAGAUAUUUACAUCUUUCCAUUUUGUUUGUUUUUUUUCUUAAUCAAGAAAUUAGAAAUGAAACAAAUGUAAUUGUAAAAUUAUGUCCUUUUCCUGAACCCUAGUCGGCCUCAACAGAUGGCUGCUCACACUGAGCCUGGUUCUACUGGAGGUUUCUUCCUGUUAAAAGGGAGUUUUUCCUCUCCACUGUCACUACAAGCAUGCUUAGU